AACCCAGAAACUAGGGAUUUGCCUCCUUGAUUCCCAGCUCCUCCUUCCAUCUUGAUUUAUUUAUUUCAGGAAAAAGAAAAGACUCAGAUCACCGUCUCCUUGGCUCCUUGGCUGAAUUUCCCGAUCCGAUGAUGUCUGGCUCCAAAGGCCUUGUGGUUCUCGCUUACAGCGGCGGUUUGGACACCUCUUGUAUCUUAGUUUGGCUCCAAGAACAAGGCUAUGAUGUCAUUGCUUACCUGGCCAAUAUCGGACAAAACGAAGACUUUGAAAAGGCGAGAGAGAAGGCGCUUGCCCUGGGAGCCAAAAAGGUCUACGUGGAAGACCUCCGUGGGGAGUUUGUGGAGGAGUUCAUCUGGCCGUGGGUCCAGGCCAACGCGGCCUACGAGGAGCGCUACCUGCUGGGGACCGCCCUGGCCCGGCCCUGCAUCGCCCGCCGGCAGGUGGACAUCGCCCAGAAGGAGCGGGCGCACUACGUCUCCCAUGGGGCCACCGGAAAGGGCAACGACCAGAUCCGGUUUGAACUGGCCUACUACGCCUUGUGCCCUGAGAUCCAGGUCAUUGCGCCGUGGCGGGUGCCCGAGUUCUACCUCCGCUUCCGAGGCCGAGGAGACCUGAUGGAGUUUGCCAAGAAACAUGGGAUCCCGGUUCCGGUGAGUCCUUCCCAGCCUUGGAGCAUGGACGAAAACCUCAUGCAUGUCAGCUACGAGGCGGGGAUUUUGGAGAACCCAAAGAACGAGGCUCCAUCCGAUCUCUAUACGAAAACCACAGACCCUUCCUUGAGCCCGGACAACCCGGAUAUUUUGGAAAUUGAAUUUAAGAAAGGUGUCCCGGUCCGGGUCAAAGAUGCGAAUGCCGGCACCGCUUGCCAUUCGCCGCUCGAGCUUUUCGUGUUUCUGAAUGAGAUUGCCGGCAAGCACGGCGUCGGGCGCAUCGACAUUGUGGAGAACCGGUUUAUCGGAAUGAAGUCCAGAGGGAUCUACGAGACGCCGGGCGGGACCCUCCUGCACCAAGCCCACCUCGACCUGGAGGCCCUGGCCCUGGACCGGGAAGUGCGCAGGGUCAAGCAAGGCCUGGCCAGGAAGUUCGCCCAGAUGGUCUACAACGGUUUCUGGUUCAGCCCCGAGUGCGAAUUCGUCCGGCGCUGCCUGGCGCAGUCCCAGGAGACGGUGGAAGGGCGGGUGCGGCUGCGCGUCUUCAAGGGCCAGGCCUCCGUCCUGGGGAGGGACUCACCUGUCUCCUUGUACAACCAGCACCUGGUCAGCAUGGACGUCCAAGGGGAUUACCAGCCGCCGGACGCCACCGGGUUCAUCAACAUCAACGCCUUGAGAUUGAAGGAAUACCAUCGGCUCCAAAGCAAGAUCAACUCGGCGCAGAAUUGAUGCCAAUCCAGACACUUUCCCGCCCGUAUUCAUUUCAUAUUAAUUUCAAUUUAAUUAAUAUUAAUUAAUGAAUGCAAGCUUUAUUUCUCCCCCAGAAGACCAGAAAAAAUAUAUAUAUAUAUCCAGAAACGGCUGGGAGAGAGAUGCAGAUUCCUUUGCAUUGGCACGAAAUGUGAUUUUAUUAUUUUUAAUACGUCGGGCCUUUUAAUUCCGUAUUAGUAAUGCCUUUAUUCCCGGCCUUUGUAGUUUGCGCCGGGGUUUAAGUGCCUCCGAAGGACACGCUGUUUAUUCCUCCCUUUCUUUCUCUUUCUUUCUUUUUUCGUUGUCGUCUGGAUGCAGAAUUGCCGGGAAAGGGGUUGGAUGGGACCCAAACCUCGAAAAGGGGCGAAAUAAUGAAAAAUGCCCAACAAUUGCACCCUUUUAAUGCCCAUUAAAAGCGUACCACAA